UCGUCCGCCAUUCGUUGACCGGAGUCGAGCCACGCUGGUACCACGCUUUCGGGCCGAGUCUCGCCUCCUGCAGUGUUUUCGACAGCGGCGCUUAGGUGAACCUCCACCUCGGAACCUCGGUUUCCGUGCCACACUUUCACGAAACCCGGACUCGGUAGCGGUCUCCGCGGCCCAUUCCGCCCAAAUCCGUCCCACAGCUGAUUGGCGGUGAUCAACCGGGCAAGCCGUUCGAAAGUAGUCGAAGACUACUAGUAUUCGUGUGUGUGUGUGUGGGUGUGUGUGUGUUCGUCAACGCGCUCAGUUCGUUCAACAAUCAAUCGGUGGAAAGGGGUAAAGUCACAGCCGCCUGAGCGAUUCUCUUUUGGGCAGCCAACAUGAAGCAUUUGGGCGUAUUCGGAACGAUCGUCUGUCUGGCGCUGCUGGCGCACGGGUCGAAAGCAGCUGCUCCAAGUUGUCCGGAACCGCUCGGGGAGCAGGCCUAUCUUCAUCCGGAUCAUUGUGACCAGUUUUUCCUCUGCACUAACGGCACGCUGACGCUCGAAACGUGCGAGAACGGGUUGCUGUUCGAUGGUAAGGGUGCCGUUCACAACCAUUGCAACUACAACUGGGCAGUCGAGUGCGGUAGCCGUAAGUUCGCCAGUGACCAGACACCGCUGUCCACACCUGGCUGCGAGUACCUGUUCGGUAUCUAUCCCGACUCGAGCGAAUGCUCCACCAGCUACCACAAGUGUGCUUUCGGCGAAGUGCACCAGGAGGGGUGCGAGCCAGGCCUAGUGUAUGACCAUCGCAUCCACGGAUGCAACUGGCCCGACCUGCUGCUUGAAGUAUGCAAUCCGGAGGCAGUAGUGGGCUUCACAUGCCCGCAAUCCGCACAGCCUGGAACAGCAGCCGCUCGCUUCUGGCCGUUCCCGCGAUACCCGGUACCGAACGAUUGCCACCGGUUGAUUACGUGCGUUGACGGCCACCCGCGCCUGAUAACCUGCGGCGAAGGGAAGGUGUUGGACGAAAAAUCAAUGACCUGCGAAGAUCCGGAAGACGUACCGUAUGCUUGCCGCCACUAACGAACAAUGUUCCUUGCACUUUACAAAUCAGCAUGUUAACCCUGCAAUGAUACUCUUCGUCCUUUACCUACCCAUUUGUUGUUGGUCGAUAAAUUCCAAUCUAUGUACUUACUGAUUUCAAUUUUUCGUGGCAUCAUCACGACACACAAUGUACUUUUCUUCCAAAAUGUUACGUAUACACUAAGUUGUUUAAUCUAAAUUAAUUUUCAUUGUAACAUUUUGCAUUUGUUUCGCUAUUUGGAAGUUCUAACUAAAUACAUGAUCGUACAUAAUUCAUUUGCAUCGUUUUCUUUGACCUUCUAUUAUGUUGCUAUUUGUCUUGAGUUUUGUAUAACUCUACAUUAAACACAUGGUUAAAUUCCACAAAGCUGUUGGAACAAUACUUAGUAAAAGUGACAUUUCAGUCAUAAAACGUUUUGAUCGAUACAAAAAAAUACAAAAAAUACAAACUCUUAUUAAACGAACUGUGCCUCGAACUUAGUAACAUAAAGUAAAAUAAUGCAGAACAAAAGCCUCCGACCGUUUUACGCAUUGACGACCGUAAUCAUAAAAAGCAUAAGAAAGAAAAGCAUAAUCGGAAAAACAAAAAAUAAACAGUACU